AUGGCCCUGAUGACUCCGGCUCAGCUGCAAACAUUAGAAGAGAAAUAUGUGAUGAGAACAAUCAGAUGUGUGCCAGAGAAAUUCAUUGAGAUGUGUCACAUGCAUUUGGCCUUUUUACUGGACCUAAGUGGGGAUAAGCUGGAGGUGUUAUUGUCAGAGGAAGAUGAACACAAGAAGAAAAAGCACAGUUUGGCAUCCAUUGGUGUUGGGGUGUUCAAGAAAAAAGAGAAGCCAUUAUCUGGGUUUUUUGGCUUGCCUCUCACGGAUGCAGGAGUGUACCUUACAGUUCCCCUCAUUAACUUUCUCAAGCUAGAAGAGAAUGUGUGCAAGGAAGGAAUUUUCCGCAAGCCUGGUAACAAGAGUAGGAUAAAUACCUUAAGAGAGCUACUGAUAUCUCAUGGCCGAAAUAUCUGCAUUGAUGCUAGUGUUUAUACUGCAUAUGAUGUCGCUUGUGUUCUCAAGGAGUUCUUAAGAGAGUUGCCCGAACCUCUGCUGACAGAGCGCCACAUGGAAGCCCACAGACAAGUAAUAGAUCUUGGCAAGCAUGCAAAGACACAAGAGGAAAUAAGUCGGUACAAUCAGAAAAAGUUGUCAGCCUUGCAAUUGUUGAUGCUGCUGCUGCCAUUACCGGUGCAGAAACUCACACUCCAGUUGCUGGAGCUACUCAGACACAUUGCCAACCGUGUAGAAACAAAGAUGACACCUUCAACACUGGGCACCAUAUUUGCUCCAAUAUUCUUUGUUGAUCGAAGUGUGGAGGGGACAGAACUCUGCAGCCAGGCUUCCCAUAUGGCUCCAGCUGUGUGUUUUAUGAUUGAAAAUGUAGAUAACUUGUUUCAUGCUCCACGGGAACUGAUUGUAGAUUUAGCACACUAUUGGAAUGCCCAGGCAUCACCUAAUGAUGAGAAUGUACCAGUAUCAGACCAGAUUAAACACCUUGGAGGUCGUACUGUCAACACCACGGUUUGCUAUAUUGAUCGUGAAUUGUCACGCUGUGAUGUUGCCAGCCACACACAGGCAGAGCUGGCAAGUCUUCUGGCUCAUGUACAGUCCUUACCUAAUACCCCGAGCAAUAUGAAGCUGAAGAAACAAGUUAUGAAAAACUCUUCCACACCUCUAUCUUCAAAGAAGCAGGGCCGCAGCACAUCACUGAGUGCUUCUAUUAAGAAACGAUUGCCGUCCUUGGGUCGAUCAAAGAAUAAGAAUGAGGAAAUAUUAAGAGCCAGCAGUUCAUCGACUUUUAACAUUGAUCCUAAACUAGACCAGAUGGAAACACCUACCAUGCGUGAACUACUGGAGUCACCAGUGCAUCAUUGUCAACAAGGAAGGAGUCGUGAAAGGUCAUCCAGGUCAAGGCGUAGGUAUCGGUCCGUCUCAGAAAACACUGACAGUUCUGCAGACUCGGAGUGUAGCCCACCCAAGCAGGAAUGUAAAGGAGUUUCAUCAUGUGGGACAGUAUCAUUUACUGGCAGAGACAAAAAUUGUUGCAUUGAUAAUAUCACCAAUAAAGAACAGAUUUGUGACAGAACAAACAAACCCGCUGUUCCAAAAAUUUUAGGCCAUGUUAAAGAUUCCUGCACCACGCCACAGUCUAGGAAGUGUCUUUCACCAAAAAAUAGGUUUCAUCAGUUAGAAAAUGAAAUCAGCUACGUUCCACAUGUUAUGGCAAAGAGGAUCACUGCACCUUUGACUCCAAAGAGAGAUAAUAUACAAGUUACCAAACCCAGACCUAUCACAGGAUCAUGG